AUGGCUACGUGCCACUCGCUCGGAGAAGGUCAGAAAUGUUCGAGCCAUGUCUACGAGCUCAUCAAGGCGCGUAUCUUUGCCGAGUUCAAAGAUUCAUCCAAUUUGCACUACCUCGAGGACAUAGGGUUUCUUGGACCAGCCAAAACGGAGGAGCUUCAAUGCGAUACUUAUUACUCGGAGGACAUGCAUUUUGCUAAAUGCUGUACUCUUCGCGCUCGACUGCCGAUGGAAUUGUAUUCAAAGAAUCCUCACAUCGGGAGGGCGCGGAUUUCUGGGAAUUCUGAGGCAACCGAGUGA